AUGACAUUGUUCAAUACUCGUCAAAACUGUAUAUUCCAAAAUAAUCAAGUCUUAAAAUAUUUAAAUGUAAGAGGUAGUGACAAUACUUUUUCACCAAGCCUUGAUACUUUUCCAAAUAUUGAUCUAAUUGAUUCUCAAGUUGCAACAAGCUAUCCGUUUACUACGUUCCCAACAAGUCUAACAAGUAUGCGUAGUUAUAAUUCGACAUUUCCCAAUAUUCCAAAUAUUCCAAUCACACCAAAUCUAAAAUCAUUAACAUUUAAUGCAGUUACUACACUUAGCGCAAUCACCAACUAUACAAACAUUUUAAAAAAUUCAAAUGGUACACUUGAUUUAUCGGUUUUGUUUAGCAGCAGUUUUGUAGGGCCUCUCAUAGACGAAACUUCUCUUUGUUCGCUCGGUAAAUUGACUCUCCAGACUCAAAAUGGAAUCACAUCGAUCCCAGAUUGUUUUUGGUGCUAUGAUUCACCUGCCAGGUAUUCUGGUCCACUCACCAAACCAGUUGGAUUCGUGUGUAACUACACUGUCGACAGUCCCCUGGUACUGUUGUUUGGAAAGGGUAUAUUGACCGGUAAAAACUUGGGAUGGACAUUUGCCAACGUCAACAAUACCAAUAUCAAAGUAUUGACGCCAAAUAGUAAAAUAGAGGUCACCUAUGGCUCUCCAAUAACCGGUCCUCCACAACCAUUCGCCAUCUCACUCAAUCAAACCUACAACUAUAUCUUGGAUACCACCAUCAUGUAG